AUGGACGACCCAGACGGCAAUUUGGCCAAGUUUGACGCCUUCAUAGACAAGUACAAAGAUGAUUUGAAGAAGCUCGCGGGUGAGAAGAAGAUGGAGAUUCUCCGCCGCAUUAUGGCGAUGCGGAAUUACGAUAACGUAGAUGUUUACGAACUUGGCUUGCUUCUGCGCCCAGUAAGAAAUUCAUGCGAGAAAAAUCCAUCUGAUCAUAGUACUACUGUUCUUGCGACUGACAAUCGCUUAUUUGAUGCUGGUGAUGAGGAACCGAAAAGUAAGCUUAAAAGAUCAGUGUCUAAAUCCGAACGAAAGCAAGAAAAUUCAACGAAGAAAGAGGAGAAAUCCGAACAGGGUUGUGGAAAACGAAUGCGCCGUGAUGCCGGACAUGCCGGCGACGAUCACGAAGCAACACCCAGGCGGAAGAAGACGAAGGAGAUCAUAAAGAAGGAGGACAAUGAGGAGAUAAAUUUGGCUCCUUUGCCGGAAAAGUUCCGACGAAGGAUCGAAAACAUGAACGGGUCUAACCCGGUUUUGGUGAUUCAGAAAGAAUUAUUCAAAACCGACGUGAGUCGUCAGCAUGGCCGUUUGUCAAUGCCGGAAAGCCAAAUUCGCAAGGAAUUGUUUCUCUCUCAUGAAGAGCUGGAGCUGAUGGCUUCUUGGAACGGGUCGAAUCCGCCCGAGAUCAAGGCGACGCUGAUCGGGCUGUCGAGACAAUUGGAGUGCGGUGUGACCUUGAAGAAGUGGAACAUGACCAAGAAAUCCGGCAGCGUCACGUCCACGUACAAUUUGGUGUCUGGUUGGAACUCCUUCGUGUCAGCGAACGAUCUCCUGCAAGGCAUGAUGGUGCAGGUUUGGGCAUUCAGAAAGGAGUCUAAACUCUGCUUUGGGCUGGUUAAAGUUGGCGGUGACGACGAAAAUGAAGAAGAUGAAUGA